CAUAAUCCUCAUUUAAGACUGGGUAGAGGCCCAAACCCAAUUACCCAACUCUUAUUGUUUUGGUAAAAACAUCGCCGUCAAGUCGGAAGAAGAAGAACUCUGUUAUCCACUCAGCCGCUGCUAGAAGAAGAACCCUAACCGUGAUACACGAGAAAUUGUAGCAGCCAUGGCAGAUGUUGAACCCGAAGUCGCCGCACAAGGAGUGCCAAAGAAGAGAACAUUCAAGAAGUUCAGUUUCAGAGGUGUUGAUCUCGAUGCACUCUUGGAUAUGUCCACUGAUGAACUCGUCAAGCUCUUCUCUGCUCGUGCUCGCAGAAGGUUUCAACGUGGUCUGACCCGCAAGCCUAUGGCACUCAUCAAGAAGCUCCGCAAGGCGAAACGGGAGGCACCACCUGGUGAGAAGCCGGAACCAGUGAGGACUCACCUCCGUAACAUGAUCAUUGUUCCUGAGAUGAUUGGUAGCAUCAUUGGUGUCUACAAUGGCAAGACCUUCAAUCAAGUUGAAAUUAAACCUGAAAUGAUUGGUCACUAUCUUGCUGAAUUCUCAAUCUCUUACAAGCCUGUGAAGCACGGUAGGCCCGGUAUUGGUGCUACUCACUCCUCCAGAUUUAUUCCUCUCAAAUGAAGAUCUCCAUGGAUGCCCCUAUCUAUCUGUCAAUGGGAACUUUUCCCUGUUUUAAUGCUCUAUUUAAAUAUUUGAUUUCUACUUGAUACAGUUUUGACAUUUAGGAUAUCAAUGAACCCUAAAUUUUUGGAUUAA